UAUCUGCGUAAAACGGGCGUUCAUUUUCGUCUGUGUCUUAAUCGGGAUCAUCAGCACCCUCUUGCUGGCCAUCACGUUAUUUGGACAUGGGUUCUUCCACAAAAAGAAGAAAUAGGCGAGAUUCUACCAGGGAUAGUAAUUAUGUAUGUCCUAGAAGCAGCAACCCUGGUCCUGUCAAUCUUUGGGGGUUUUGGCGCUCGCAAGGAGAAGAAAUGGGCUGUGGUUUUGUUUUCAGUAGGUAUGUCACUGGCCAGCCUAUACCUGUUUGUGGAGUGCGUGAGAGCAUAUGAAUCCAAACACAAGUUGGAGGAGUUAACCAGAGACGAAUACCUAGCGAUGAUGCCUCUGAGUAGAGCGAAUCAAACAGAUAUAAAAGAGAUUUACAACAUGCAGACUAACAUCAAAUGCUGUGGGCUCGUACAAGGCUACCAAGACUGGGGCACAGACAUCCCAAUCUCCUGCCUCUGUUCUGAUGAGGACUCAACACACUUUAAAUGUGUUGCUCGUGGUAACAAUACAAGAUUUGUUAUUCACUAUCCCAACAGUGAUAAGCCUGAGGAUGAUGACCGCAAGAGAUUAAUGGAUGAACACAUGUUGGUAUAUGAAGAGCCAUGUCUUCCCAUCUUAAUCUCUGUCUUGGGCUAUGGACUCAUUCUGAUAACAGGAAUAUUUAUAGCACUUACAGCAUUAUGGGAUAUUGGAGUUGCCCUGGCCAUCACAAUACUCUGCCAGAUGAGAAGAAAGUUUGAUGUGCCACCUGUGAUCUUCACAUCUCAACCACAUCAAUACAGAGAGCUGUGUGACACAGCAGAGAAUGUCUGAAAUGAAAUGGUCCUCUUAUGAAGGAUACACAAUGCACUAGUCUGAGUGGCAGUCUGUUUGUGCUAUCAUGCCAACUCCUUGUCACUCAUUCGUGUCAAGCCACACAUGGCAAUGGGUGACAAAAGAGUUGGCUUGGCAAUGACAGCAAUGGAGUUGGCAUUGGCCAGACCACAAACAGAUCUGGGAUCAUGCUAGCAAUGCACUCAUAUUAUGUACAUAUUCAUAACACACUUGAAAGGACAACUAGGGACAUUAUUAGACAUUAGAGAUCUCUGAUGGGUUGUCCAAAGUAUUACUGUUCAACUGAUUGUCCAUCUGACUGCCAACAAGCGUCUUCUUAUUGGCUGUCAAGGGUUCUGUAAAACCUGUGGUUUGUUUUUCUGUUGUAAAUAAUUGGUAACCAUUUAACCAUUGAAGUGCCUCAGUGUUGGUUACAGUGUCUUGAAUAAAGGGACAACCAACAUC